CAUACUGGGCGCUCUGGAUCCUGCGAGAGAGAAGUGGAUCGUUGAUGUAUCAGUGCGAGUGCUAAUCUGCUACAUUAGGGAUGCGCUCUUUGUCAAAAAGUCAGUCAGUUGUUAUUUGGCGUAAACAGACACGGCUGCGACGAUUUCAGCAACGUGAAUGCUCUGGCUUCUAAAUCGUUAUGUAAAGUGAAGAAUUUUACGGAGGACAUCCACAAAAUGAAGGCUCAGGUGCGCCAUGGGGUUAUCGUCAUUAUAGUUAUUACCAUGGGUACCAGUCUCAUCGUUGUGUACAACAACAGCUUCACGGACACGUCAGGGACAGCGUAUCACACGGAUGCUGCUGCUACUGGGCCGCUAAUGGAUAAGCCCAGGAAAGCGCAGCCUAAACCAGGAAGAGCCCUGUCAUCAACCCUACAGGGCUACACUGGAGUCAUCGAUCAAAAGCCUCUGAGGAUGCACUGUAACUGCUGUGCCCUGGUGACCAGCUCGGGCCACCUUACCGGCAGCAACCGCGGGGACGAAAUCGACAGCACCGAGUGCGUCAUCCGCAUGAACGACGCCCCGACUGGGGGUAGUUUCCAGCGGGACGUGGGCCAGCGUACCAGCCUGCGCGUCAUCGCCCACUCCAGCCUGCAGAGGGUACUGCGGAGCCGGCAGGAGCUGCUCAACGCCAGCCAGGACUCAGUCUUCCUCUUCUGGGGACCCAGCAGCUGUAUGCGACGCGACGGCAAAGGCCUGGUCUUCAACAACCUGCGUAUGGUCAACCAGCUGCUGCCCAAGCUCAAGGUCUAUGUCAUCUCCCAGCUCAAGAUGCUGCAGUUCGAUGAGCUCUUCAAGAAGGAGACAGGGAAAGACAGGAAGACCUCUAACUCAUGGCUGAGCACUGGCUGGUUCACCAUGGCCAUUGCCCUGGAACUCUGUGACACGAUCAAUGUCUAUGGCAUGGUGGCUCCUGACUUUUGCAGGGCUCCUUCCCAUCUCUCGGUGCCAUAUCAUUACUACGAGCCUUCGGGGCCUGACGAGUGCGCCAUGUAUCUCUCCCACGAGCGGAACCGGCGCGGCAGCCACCAUCGCUUCAUCACGGAGAAGACAGUGUUCGCCAAUUGGGCUCGGAUGUUCGACAUCCACUUCUACCAGCCAGACUGGACCCCGUCCUCUACUCUCAACGGAAACACCUCACUCACACCUGCUUCAGAUGGCUCUUGAUAGCAGACAUAGACAGAAAGGUCACCAGGACCUGGGGAAGAAGUGACUGUGUGUUUGGACACCAACAUGCUGAUUUUCCUCAUCCUCUCCUUGGCUCCCUUAUGGGAGUGUCCCUUAUGGGAGUGUGUGGGAGGAGUGGAAAAGUACAAGGGUCAUUCCACCAAUUCAGUGCCUUUUGAGAAGUGUAAUUUGGGAAAAAAAUAUAUGUUUGAUUUAACCUAAUUUUAACAUUCUGACAUAAAGAGCACAUGUUCAACUUCAUAAAAAAAUACAUUUUCCCAUCUCAGCAGGUUCAAUUCAAAAAUGACUAUAGUAAGUGCUAACUAAGUGCCAAAUAAAGUAACAGGGUUGACUGUUCUCUUAAAUCAGCCAUAAAUCCCCUUGUGACAGGGGGAAUGGAAGCUGGCUGUGUGCAACAGAGGGUGGCAAUUGAAUGUAAGCUUCACAAAAAUAUUAUGAAAUUGUAAAAAAACAAAAUGCCUGUCUAUCUAUGGGUAACGGGGAUGACAUGUUAUGCUCGACCCGCUCAGAUUUCCCCCACAAAACACCAGAACGUGGCAAAAAAGAGUGGAACCAGCUCACCUGCUUUUACACUAGGAUCUGACUAUUAAAGGAGAGUUCUGUUCACGCAACCUGUUGACCUUCAAAUGAAGGACAGGUGUAAAUGAAUCACUAAUCACAUUAAAUAAAUAAUCAUCUUCAGAAAUGACUUAGUUAUUUUGUUGCUUUGACAAAGGCUUUACAAUGAUGCUGAUACUUUGAGAAAUGUUGGGAUUAAGUGGGUUAGCAUCUUAGAAGUGACACAGGGCUGAAGGAGGGAAAUGUCAAAAGGCUGAAUUUUGGCACUUUAGCAAGUGUCACAUAAAAAAAUCAGAUUUAUUGAAUUCUCCAUAUGGUCUAUAUUAAAUAUCUCUUAGAUUAAUAUAACAGACUUUUUAAGAUAUUGGUGCACAAUUUUUACUGAAAAUAUCAAAGGGACCCAAAAGGCACUCUUUUCGUGGAAUGACCCGCAAGCUGCAUUUGCUGGAGAAGCAGACUUCAAAGAAGUGGGUAGCUGCUCCUCUAAUGGCGUACGCACACACUGUAAAAUAAAAAAUCUAGUUGUUAAGUAACUGGUUCCACAGCCUUUUUCUUUUGUUUACUCAACUUUUUGGUCCAAGUGUUACCAAAACAACAAAAAAUUGUUGGCACCAACUUAGCUCCAACUUGAGAAAACUUGAUUUGUUUGCUCAACUUGUGUUCGUUCUACAAUGAAAUAUUAUUUGGGCAUCUUAACUAAAUAAGGCUGUGCAACUGGUUACACACACAAACAGUGCUUUUAACACACAUGAUUAAAUUGUGCUUUUUAAUUUAUACAUUAAUCGUUAUUCAACAUGUCCUCACCUGGGAUUUGAACUCACAACCUCCUGGAUCAUGGAAUGCAGAUCUUCAUACUACGCCACCAUGUCUGUGUCAAUUAUCAGUUAAUCAGACUUUGCUCUCAUUAUUGAUUUGAUUGACCUAUUUCAGCAAUUAGGCUAAUUUAUAACUCUGGGAUGUACCAACUCAAAUAAUAAUGACAGACGCAAUAUCUCCUUCACAAUACUUAAAAUAAACUAUUUUGUUGAAUUAUUUACACAUUCUGUAAGUAAAUACAUAGGGCCUAUAUAAAACCAACUGGGCACUAAUAAAAGGAGAGCUCAAAUACAAGGACAACUGGCUACCAAUCUGUUUUUCCACACUGAUACAAACUGGGAAGAGAGAUUCUAUGUAAAACUAUAUGAUCGCAUUGUGUCAUCGUAGUGCCUUUUCCUUCAUGUUUAUGGAGAAAACAGAGCUGGAAAAAUGUCAAUUCUUAUCAACUGAGCCUGACUUGAUCACCUAGCUACGUUUGCUUUUUUCCCCAAAAAGUAACUAAGUAACAGAUUACUUAAAUUGAAAACUAAUGCGUUAGGUUAGUCGUUACCACAAAAAGUUAUCUGAGUACUUUAACGCGUUACUUUGGUAUCCUAAUGCCAGUAGCUACCCUCCCAAACAGGAUGGGGCUACAGGGGCAACCCUUCGGAAUGAUGGGAUGUCAUCUACACAGCGUCCACCUGAGACCUGGAUCAUAAUGAGCAUCCCGGAGGUGGACCUGGUUGGAUUUAAGGGCUUCAAAGGACAAGCAGGGUUUAAAACAAGCUUGUUUUUUAAUUAGUCCAGUCCCUAUAAUCACACUCUCAGGGCGACAUGAUAAUUACGUUUGACCUUACCUCGUAAAAUGCAGUGUAAAUGUAUAAGUAGGUUUUGGUGCUUACAAACUAUUCACCUACAAGCCUCUUUAUUCGUAUAUUUGGAAAAGGUUGGUCCGAGUUUUACAGGUUCAAAGUGCCAAGGUGGUGUACUUGGUAUACAAAAAUAAUAAGCAGUCUUGUCCUGACUUGAUUUGGGUGAGGAAUCCUGUUUCCAAACCAAUCUGACAAAACAGGCGUUAACAAAGGUUCAAAACAAAUCAUGAGCUAUCCCCUUUCCUCUUUCAAUAGUGUUCAACUUUAUCGCGAUUGAAAUCAUACCGUUUGCGGAUGCAGGGUGUAGAGUACAUUACAGUAUGUGUCAGGAUUUGACACCUCAUUGAGCCGGAGGAUGAACAGUCGACGUUCCAUAUCACGGUCUGAUCAUUUCAUCUUCUGAGCAGCAAUUUCCAUCAUGACACAUAUCCCCAUUCCUGACAUAGAUAAGCACUGGCGCUAAAUUGCCAAAAUUACUAAUGUUGAUAGCCCCUGGUAGUGGGGGAGAUGGUUUUGGGAUGUUUUGGUGGUGAUUCUUGAAUGGUUUUAUCAGUAAAAAGUGACAUCAUCAUCCAGUGGGACCAAACUGUUUUCUGCACAUAGUUGAAAUAAAGUAUAAGAUAAGUAUAGGAAAAGAUUGCAUAGCCUACGCACAUCCAAUACUGAGCAGGUGCUGGAGAUCAAAUAACAUGAUCAGCAAAAGGUAAAAACAGAAGGCAGUGUACAGAGUCUGAUGAUUUAUGAGGUAUUAUAACUUAUCUUUUUUAUAGGCCGUUAAUAACUUGGCCCCAGUCCACUUUUAGAUGACCAGAAGGUAGGCUUAAAACAGACUGUCAUUUCUCUAAGUGUCAAAAGCUAGUGUAAAUUCUUGGCAAAUUUGAAAUGUGAAGGUUAUGAGGCGUUUUAGGAGAUAUUACUCAUGUUUGCCCUGACACCUAGUGGCUAUGUGUGUCCUCCAUAUAUAUGGACUGGUCUGUGGGUGCUGGAGAAUGAAUGUCUUGUCGUCUAUUACUGUUUUAACGUUGAUUGUGGGCAUAGCGGGGCACUUUGCAGUGUGUGGGUGGUCUAUAUGGACAACAAUUGUUCCAAUCGCCCGAGGAAAAUUGCAAUUGCCACGUUUUCCGCCUUUAUGUGUCUUUCACCAGUAGAAUAUAGGCCCACCCUUUGUCUUUAGUGGAUAGUUCAUUGUUGACAAAAUAUUUUAAAUAUGGGCCUUACAGUCUGUGAGGAACCUUUAUUAUAGAUCCAUCUGCGAGGCCCCUAUUUAAACUGGCAAGCCUGAAAUGAACCUUUACCAUGAUAGACCAGCCUGUAAGGCCCCUAUUUGCUCUGAUCAGCCUCCGAGGAGCCUUUAUUAUAGACCAUUAGACCAGCCUGUUAGGCCCAUAUUUACUCUGACCCGCCUGAGAGGAAACUUUAUUAUCGAUUAGCCUGCAAGGCCCCUAUUUACUCAGAUCAGCCUCAGAGGAGCCUGUAUUGUAUUAGUUGUAUGAAUAGAUAGCUCGAUUUAACCAGCCAGCUAAGAUACAGCUUGCUAUAUUAGCUCAUUGCUCAAGAGAAAAUAGCUAGCUAAGCAGUUAGCAGUGGUGUAAAAUACUUAUGUAAAAAUACUUUAAAGUACCACUUAAGUAGUUUUCUUGGUAUCUGUACUUUACAAUUUUUAUUUUUGACAACUUUUACUUUUACUUCACUACAUUCCUAAAGAAAAUAAUGUACUUUUUACUCCAUACAUUUUCUCUGACACACAAAAGUACUUGUUACAUUUUGAAUGCUUAGCAGGACAGGAAAAUAAUCAAAUUCACACACUUAUCAAGAGAACGUCCCUGGCCAUCCCUACUACCAGAUGUGGCGGACUCCGUAAACACAAAUGUGUUGAAGUGUGACCACUAGCUAUCCGUAAAUAUUUGUAUUUAUUUAAAUUGUGUAGUCUGGUUUGCUUAAUAUAGGGAAUUUGAAAUGAUUUAUACUUUUACUUUUGAUACUUAAGUACAUUUUAUCAAUUACAUUUACUUUUGAUACUUAAGUUAAUCUAAAACCAAAUACUUUAAGACUUUCACUCAAGUAGUAUUUUACUGGGUGACUUUCAGUUUUAAUUGAGUCAUUUUCUAUUAAUGUAUCUUUACUUUUGCUGAAGAAUGACAAUUGGGUACUUUUUCCACCACUGGCAGUUAGUAACAUUGGUAGCUGUAAUUGCUGCAUUAUGUUGUCAGAUGAAAAACAUCAGCAAAAUAGUCGACUAAGAUGCAAGCUCCUUUAAAAAGAGAACUAACCAGCUAAACAGCUUAGAUUAUUUAUAUAUCAGCCUGUAUACUGUCUAAGUAGUCUUGCUAUUUCAGUCUUUAUAUGUUAGCCAGUAUAAUUUGAAAACAGUCCAGCCAUUUCAGUGUUUUUGGAUCAGCGGAGUUGAUUGGCGGAGUUGCUUAAACAUCAGCCUGUGAGGCAGCAGUGUGUAAACAUCAGCCUGUGAGGCAGCAGUGUGUAAACAUCAGCCUGUGAGGCAGCAGUGUGUAAACAUCAGCCUGUGAGGCAGCAGUGUGUCAACAUCAGCCUGUGAGGCAGCAGUGUGUAAACAUCAGCCUGUGAGGCAGCAGUGUGUAAACAUCAGCCUGUGAGGCAGCAGUGUGUAAACAUCAGCCUGUGAGGCAGCAGUGUGUAAACAUCAGCCUGUGAGGCAGCAGUGUGUAAACAUCAGCCUGUGAGGCAGCAGUUUGCAAACAUAGGCAUGAGGGAGCAGUGCCUCACAGGCACAAGUCACUUGUGAUAGUAGUAGAUUGUAUUGGUUUUUCGCAGUUAUAGACUGAAUUGUCUAUGGCGUGCUAAAAUAUGCUAUUCCUGCCAUUGACCUGUGAUGUUGUGUUCUUCAACAAAAAAUAGACAUAUUUUCCACCCUGUCUUUCUAAUUCAGCUACUGAGUGAUGUGUAUCUGUUAAGAAAUGGCAUCAUAUUGAACUGAAUAAAAUUGAAAUUAAUACAU